AUGCCCCGCGCGGGAGUCGAUCCGCCUGGUAAACCCUUCCUCCCGUCGCUCUACAAUAACGGAGAAGUCCUCCCUCGUAGUAGUUCCGGGAGUGGGCUCCGGCACGUUACCCACCUUUGUCGAGCUGGUCGGCAGCUUCGGCGGGAAGGACCUGGGCAGGUUCACGUCGGCAAAUCUCCAGCGGCUCUCGGGAACAAGAUAUACAGCCACCUGCCGCAUAUCCACAAACGCCCUCUCGGUGUGUCCGCCAAUCAUGACAGCUGUCAUGCUAUCCCCCUUCGAAACGAUGGCGAAGGAAAGGCCCGAUUCAGGGAUUGGCCAAUCGUAACUAUUAUUCCCACUCCCACGCUCCACGAGGGUGACAUCAGUGGAAGCGGCCACGGGCCCAGAUUCCGAAAGCCCUCUCCGGCCCCUCCCCCCCUGGAUGUACGAGAACUCGCGGAUGGCGGGGAACCCGAAUUCUAGCAUGGAAUUCUUGUACACGGGACCCGUCUCACCGGGGCACAUUCCGCCAAAGAGAUACGCUUUGCGAUGGAUCUCUGCGGCGACGACGUUCCCCCGCUCGUACUCGUGCAAUCCGUCGUCGCUCGGUGCAGCGGACCCCCCAUUCAUGAAUGUCGGUCCCGGAGCAACCGCGCUCGUCGUCGCGGAAACCUCAUAGGAAAACCCGGCAGCGUGAUUCCUCCCCCUGGGGGCAACCUCCAUGCUAGACUUCACAUUCCAGUUCCGCCAGCCGCUCGCGCGGUCCGAAACGUUGUACUCGUACAGCCCCAGUUCCGAAUCGCAGGACCCCAUCAACAGCACCAUGACAUCGUUACCGUCCGUCCCGUUCUCACUGAAGAGUAGGGGCGUCAUGGAGAUCUGGAGCGAUGAUCCCGCACUCUUUGCCGGCAGUGGAGGUGGUGGCGGUAACUCUGUGAACGCGUUGGACAUGUUCCUGGCGAAUACCCUGCCGCUCACGUUCAGCGAGACGAACCUGAACUCUGCCGUCUGCGCUGAUGGUAGGAAGAGGUAGAGUGUCGAGGAGUCCCCCGAUAGGAGCGCGCUGGCGGGUGUGUAUUGCGAUAAUGUAGUUGGCGAUGCGAAUUGUGACAGCAGUGAUAAUAAUAAUAAUAUUGGUGAUAGGAAGAGAAGGUAUCUCAUCGUGACUACGUUACGUCCUUCCGCGUGA